ACCAAACCUAUAUUCCAAAAAAAUCUCUGUGCUUUCUUUUUUCAACCUUCUUCCCCACCUUUUCCCUCCUUUUUGCACCUUCUCUUGCUUGCACCUUCCUACACCCCAUGUCUCCCUUCUCAAGUCUUCUCCGCUUUCUCUCUAGGGUGCCUAUUCUAAAAUAUAUAUUUUUAUAUACAUGUCGAGAGGUACUCAAUCCUUUUCUUUCCAACAAAAUCAUUGAUGCUCCUCUAGUUUAUGAUAUCUUUGCUUCACUUUCUCUGUUUGAAACCAAGUGAAAGGCAGAGCUAGAUAAUUAAAGAGCAACAUUAGAGAAGAAGAAGAAGAAGAAGAAGACAGGAGGGUUGUCAAUGGAUGAAAGGGUCCUCAACUGCUUCAUAUUUCUCCUAUUGUGUCAUUUUCUCUGUGUUGGCUCAAGUAUAACAAAGAAGGUAUCAAUAGUACACAUAAAAGAAAAACACCAAGAAUAUGAAAGGCAUCUACAAUUCACUUCUGCAAUAUCCACCACUCAAAAAGACAUCACCACUCCAGUCACAACUGUUCCAACAAUAACUCCCACCACCCCCACUUCCACAACUCCAAUCAUGAACCCAAACUCAAACCCAGAUUAUUCAACCACACCAGCCACCAUGACACCCUUUGCGAACCCGGCUGCAACCACAUCACCUGCAGCCUUAGGAGCAAGCUGGUGUGUUGUUAGCCAAAGUGCAUCACCAACAGCUUUACAAGUUGCUUUGGACUAUGCUUGUGGGUAUGGUGGUGCAGAUUGUUCUGCAAUUCAGGCUGGUGGGAGUUGCUACAACCCCAGCACCAUUCGUGAUCAUGCCUCAUAUGCGUUUAAUGUGUACUAUCAAAAGAAUCCGGUUCCAAGUAGCUGCAACUUUGGAGGAACUGCUGUAACUACAAGCACCGACCCAAGUUCGGGGACAUGUCAGUAUCCAUCCACAAGCACAACCUCAUCAGUGUUGAAUACAAGCUCAAGCGGCUCAACAGUUAUUGGUGCAGUGCCUUCCAGCCCCUCUACCCCAUCAGUGGCUGCCAAGUUAGAUUGCUCCCCACAUUUCUUCCUCAUUGCAUGUCUCACAGUCAUGCUGCUGCAGGCCACAUGUUCAAACUAACUUUGCUGCUGCAGGUUGCUUUUUUUGGGUGACUUAUCAUGAUAAGCAUAUAUAUAUAUAUAUAUAUAGAUGAAUGAGUGGCACAUAUGUAAUUUUGUUUUUGUGGCAGCAAUAGUUUAAAAAUGAGAUCACUCUUGUACGUGAUCUGUAGAUUAGUUGCUAGUGAGGCCUCGUAGAGUGGAAGAAAGGAAGCAAUAUGGAGGGAUUUUGUAGAGGUAGUAACCAAUAGUAUAGUUUUUCUUUAUUUCUUUUUUCUUUUUCUUUUAUAAUUUUUUCUUUUGUGUUCUUAUAUAACAACAUUGAUGUACCUUGGGCUCUUUUGGACUGUUCUGUAAAUUCGUGGGUUGAGAAACUUGGUUGGAAGGUUGUAAUUGUGUGGUAUUGAAACCAUGGAAGUACAGCUAGCUAUGUAAGACAAAGAUGUACAGAUUUCUCUAAACCAUACAUGUGUGCUUAGAUUUGGAUCCCAUGUAAUGAGACUGUCAA